AUGUUAAAUAUGCAUUAUUAUCAGAUGAGUUGCGUUUAUUUGUAUUAGAUGUAAAUAUGAUUUAUAUGUGAGUUGUUUGUGAUACUACAGUGAGGCAUUUGUAAUCUGUUUAAUUCUGUAGUUUUCACGGUGCUUAUGGUACACGGUGCUUGUCGAGAGUGAGAAUAAAUCAACACCACUUUGAAACUCUCUCCGUCUUGCUGAGUGAAUCCAAGGGGCCGCUACAGUCGUUAACAUUGUUUAAUGACUGAUUCACAUGUUGUAGUACUUCUUACUUAGCGUAGAUUGGAAAAAUGAACCCAGAAUAUGACCAAAGUCAUGAUGAACACUACAGUUAUUACAUUUAAAUUGCAGCACAGAUAAGCUGGAUAAUAAAAUCCUCUCCCCUAAAGCUGAAGUGACUACAGGCCUUUCAGUUCUUGUAAAACUAUAUGAAAUAGGAAAUCUUUCCAGAGUCACUUUAAAAUGAACCUCUGCUGUUGAUACUGAUGCUGUGAGGAUCUUCUAAGGGAAGCCAACAGAAGGAAAACCUCAUCUGGUUGUGAAGAAGGAGACUGAAUGGAUGACAUCCUCAGUGAAUCAUAUCCAGUUUAGCUUUCACUCACAUAAGUUCAGACCAACUCUUUAAGCAGUUUAUUAUUCUCUGUUCUUAGUAUUCACACGUUCCAUUCUUCACCUUUAACUUCAUCUCUGCUGUUGUAGCAGAAAUACAAUAUUAAAAGUCCAUGUUAUUUAUAGCAGAUAUGCUGCAUUAAAACAUCAACACAUUCAGGGCAGGAGCUUCAUUAUUUCCUUUAUUGCACAUUUAAAAACUACAUUAUUUAACAAAUCUGAACUGUAAAGAUGUGUAAACGCAUGCAAUAAAUGGCUCUUCAGACAACCACAGCUGGAUGUUCAUGUUCUCUGGAGCUUAGUCCACAUCAGACUAGAUGUUCGCAAUGAUCCAGACCAAGGCUAGAAGGAAAAGACACUAACAGUGAGAGCUCAGAUAUUAACUUAGAACUGAACUGAGAUGAACAUUCAUCAGUAACAGAGUUCUGUGCAGAAACAUUAAUGUAGAUUUAUUUAUAUCUGUUGAUCGUUAACGAACAGCACAUGGAGACAGCAGUUGUCGAUCCGUUAUGAUUGAUCAGCUCUGACCUGCAGGACACUUAGCUACAGCUAACAGGUGGUUAAUGAGUAAACCAUGAAACAUGAUUGCACAGGUUGAUGUCUCAUUAUAUUUUUACAUCCUUGUAUCACAAAUCAAAUUUCAUUCAAGGGCUGAAGACGUGUGUCAGUAUCCUGAUGACUUCUAAUUCAUCAAAAAAUACAUUAUAAUCAUUUUAAUUCUUUCAAAAUCCUCACUCUAUAUAUAUUGUACAAGUCUAUAGAGACAAGGAUAUAAACUGCAACUUAUAACUGAUUGAUGGAAGAACACAGCUCCGAGGCUGUAAGGAUUAAUGAUUGAUUGAAUUAAUGACUAACUUGUAGUUGUACCCUCAGCUGAACUGCUGUAGCUCAGGGUGUUUUAAAAUUUGGGCUCAAUGUCUCCUGUAAAAAUCAUAGUGAGAUGUGAUGAAUGAAGUUCAGAUUAGAGUCUAGGUCAAGGCCAAUCUUUAAGAUUCUUUGAAGCACCAAGCUGCGAUUAAAAUCAUGCCAGCUCAGAUUUUGUAGUUUUGGUUGAAAGCUUUUCGAGACACCAAAACUCAGAAAUGAACUGCACAGGGACAGCACUUUAUUGUUAACACUUCAUUCUUUUCUCACAUUAUCUCAAAGACUACUGUCAAUCUCUCAAAUUCUUUAAAAUACAGAGCUGCUGCAACUCCAACUUUGCAGUUUGUUGGAAUACAUUUUUCUUCUAAGCAACACAUUUAGAUCUUUCAGAUCAGGGAUGGGCAACAGGCAGCCCGUGGCCGCAUGUGGCUGGCAGCACCAUUUGGUGUGGUCCGUAGGCUUGCCACCUUUCAGAAAUGAAAAUAAAGGACCCCCACCACUGCUCCUCGGGGCCACGGUUCAGUAAAGUUGGAAAGAUAUUUACAGAUUCGGACUUCCGGCAUCAAUAACUCAUUAAAUAUACUUUGUCAAAACAUUAAUGAUACCUCUUUCAAAUUGUUGUAAGGUGGACAAUAUGCUACAAGCCCAGUUUUAUCAAAAGUAGCUGUCUUUCAAGUUGCAGGAAUAACAUUGGUGUCAACAGGAGCCAGUUGAAGGCUGCAGUGUUUUGGUGACACUACAGUAUAUUCGAGUGAAGUUAAUGAAUAUGCUACCCAAGUCCCAUUUCCCGUUGCUUAGGGAUUUUUCACUUUCGAUGGCCAGCAUGGCGCUCCUCCCACAGUCCUCCCCGUGACCCCAAUGAGGAUUAAGCAGAUAGUGGAUAGAUGGAUGGAUGGAUGGAUGGAUGGAUGGAUGGAUGGCCAGCAUGCUUGCGAACACUUGCAUCUGUUAGAGCAGCUUUUCAACUAUGGAGCACAUUAAAUCAAAAGAGAGAAACAGGCUGACAGAUGAAACUACUCCAGCUCAUGCAAAUUGGAAGCACAAAAACUGACACUAACAUUCAGAAUAUUGUGCAGCAGCAGGGGAGGCCACAGAUAUCUCAUUAGGAAAAAUGUUGCUGAGGCAGGGUCUUUUCAGGACCUUACUUGAAACGUCAUGUGGAAUUGGAGGGUUGUGUAGAAAUAGUUCCAAUUAAGCCGUUGCAAACAUAAAUGUUAACAGUUGCACUUUGUGUUGAAGUUCUGCACUUUACUCUUAAUUGUUAUUGUACUUUCUUCAUAGAUUACAAAUACAUGUUUUUUACAGAAGCAUUACAAGAGAGGAUUUGAAUGUUAGCAAUUGUAAAACAAGUACAACAAACAUUGUUAAUUGCCACAAUGUCUGUGUUAUUUUGUUUUUUCCUAGAUGAAAAAUAUGUUUAUAUGAAGAAGAGUAUGAUUAAAAUUCAUAGUUAUAAUGUGGCCCCCGGUAGUGUUGGGGGGAAAAAAUGUGACCCUCUCUGUCAUUAAAGUUGCCCAUCCUUGUUUUAGGUGAUGUGUAUUUAUGCAUUGAUUUUGACAACAACUUCAUAAAGAGACUUUUGGAGAGAUAUAGAGAUAAAUUAGAUGUAUUGAAGGAUGUCAUUUAGGUAACAUUCUGUGGUUGAAUUAAAGACAGAAAGGUCAGGCCCAUGUUUGGCAAUCACUACUCAGGAUGAGCCUCUGGAAACUGAUUAACUUUUAUUGAUUGGAUAUUGUCAAAACCUGUGGAGCAGUCUCUUGAAACAGGCAUUAACCAGGUAACCAACAUCAGGAUGGCAGACUUUGGAGAGGUUCUGAGGAACAUUGGAGAAUUUGGAUUAUUCCAGCAGAUAAAUCUGUUUGCACUUUGCUUUCCAAAUAUAAUUCAGUCUUUUGCAGUUGCAAGUUUACUUUUUGUCGAGUUCGAUCCAGAGCGACGCUGUAACACAGACUGGAUCCUCAGUGCUGGUCCUAAUCUGACCACAGAGGAGCAGCUGAACCUGACUCUGCCUCGGGAGGAGGACGGGAGCUUCAGCAGGUGUCAGAUGUUCGUCCCUGUGGACUGGGACAUCGAUGCCAUCAGAGAAAAUGGACUCAAUGAGACCACCAGGUGUCUGAAUGGAUGGGUGUAUGGAAACAUGCUGUAUGAAGCCACCAUAGUCACUGAUUUUGAUCUGGUCUGUGGUCGGGGUAACAUGGUUCAAGUGUUACAAACAGUGUUUAUGGCUGGAAUGGUUCUUGGUUUCCUCAUUUUUGGACCUGCUGCUGAAUCGUUCGGUCGCAAACGAGCAACUCAAAUUCCAACAGUUAUGAAGUUGGUAUUCACUGUGACAACAGCCCUAUGCCCCAAUGUCUAUUUAUAUUUAGUGUCCCAGUUCUUAGUUGGAGUUGGAGCUGGAGGAUAUCGGGUCAACUGUAUUGUACUAACCACUGAAUGGAUCGGGGCAUCCAAAAGAUCAUGGGGAGUAGGUGUGGCUCAGCUAUUUGGUGCAAUCGGACAGUGCGUCCUCGCUGGUUUGAUCUAUGGCGUCCGAAAGUGGAGACUGGCUCAACUAAUCUCAGCAACUCCCCUUGUCUUGACUGUUGUUUACAUAUGGUUCAUUCCAGAGUCAGCCAGGUGGCUGUUAAACAGAGGGAGGACAGAAGAGGCUAAAAAGCUCAUCAUCAAAGCAGCAGCCAUUAAUAAACGUCCCAUCCCAGACUCUCUGCUGGAAGAGAUUAAAGUGACCAACACUGUGAAUGACGGCGGCAUUAAAUUGAUUUUUGGAUCACGACUACUGGCCAGAUAUUUCUUUAUUGUGUCACUGGCAUGGUUUUCACUGAACCUUUCCAUCUACUCCCUAUAUUUUGACAUGGCAAGCCUGGGCUUGAGCAUAUUUGUGACACAGCUCCUUUUUGGUGUUUUUGAAGUACCUGCUCUUUUACUCUCCAUGUGGCUAUUGGAGAUUUUGGGGAGAAAAAUAUUAUUCACAGCAGUCCUUCUGAUUGGAGGACUCUGUUCCAUGCUGAUCCUGGCUGUUCCUGAAAGUUAUGCCAUUGCUUCGACAUGUUUAGCUGUCGCAUCACGUGUCUGCAUGAUAUUUAUGGCUUCUGUUUGUGCUGUCUAUAUGCAGGAGUUGUUUCCGACAUCGGUUAGACAAUCAGCAACAGCUUUAGGAUCCAUAGCAGGGAGAGCAGGCUCUAUAGUGGCUCCACUGCUGAACAUGUUAUCUGUGUACCACUGGGCCAUACCCAUCUCCAUCCUCAGCAGCUUCACCAUCAUCAGCGGAGCUCUCGGCCUCCUGCUUCCUGAGACCAGAAACAAAGAGCUUCCAGAAACAGCCAGUGACGCCGAGGGCAACAGAAGUAAGACUACCCUGAGGAGCAUAAGUCAGUCAAACAGACCUCAGCACGGUGCUUCAACCAGGCUAUAGUAAUGUUUGUGUCUGCUGGUCUCGUUGUCCUCUUGGGUCCAUAGUCAAGUUACUGCUACUACUCUAUUGUCAUUCAGGGUAGAUGUUUAUGAUUUUUACAGAACACAUUCUUAUUUUCUUCAUUUUGAGGACUCAGCUGAAUCCCAGAGAACCACCAAAUUUUCACUUACACAAGAAGGAUCAAACUGACAUGAACAUUGCCAUGAAACUUCCGAUCAUGCACUGGAUUACUUUUUUUUCUGUUCCUGUCCACAAGUGUUUGUAGGUGAAGAUUAGACUUGAACAUACAGAACGUCCCAUGUCUGCAGGACGGACUUCUAACCCUUCACCAGGAAUGUUAAAAUAAUAAUAUUGGUGCUUGUAUGGCAACAUGAAUGAUUCUUGUAAUAUUUGCAGUUAUCUGGCCCACUAAUUACAAGCACUUUAAUAGCUUGCGUUAUGUCACUAUAGUUAUUGGACUGAAUUGUUUACAUCAUGCUUACUUGAAUUACCUUGAAUAGACACUGUAGCACAUUCAACAUAUUAUUGGCUAUGUUAAUAAAUAUGUUUGCAAGAGCUGUCAAUUAAAAGCUUUCACAGUGCUUUGUGUGACAGCAUUUUAAAUCCAAAAGGUAAAAGGUAAACUUCACUGUGGAAUGGAGGGAGGGAGGGAUGGGUUUUCUUGUUUUUAAUGUUUUUAAUGUUGUAAAGCACUUUGCGUUGCAUUUUUUUAACUGUAUGAAAAGUGCUCUAUAAAUAAAGUUUGAUUUGAUUUGAAUCAUAGUGCAGAGCUCCGGACUGCAAUGUUUUAUUAGAGUGUGAGGGUUAAAAAAAAUCAAAUGGUCGCAUCGUGCUAGUAAACUGUAUUUGUGUCAGUACAGGCAGUGGCUGUGGUAAGCAACUUUUAUAACUUUGGUAUAUACUCUAAAUGUUGGUCAAGGUGCAGGUUUUAAUGUAUGUUAGGUUUUACUACUUUGUUUACAGAUAGCAGGGGUUGCUUUCUUCACCUCUGUGCCAUCUCAGGCAAAGACAGGAGAGAAAUAAGGACAGCCCAAGAAGAGGCCUCAGAGGGUUCUGUCACCCCCAGCAACGCUGUUUUAGUCAUAAUGUGUUGCUUACUUGCUUUAUUCUGUUUUUAAAAUAUUUCAAAGAAAGAGACAGAGCAGCACAACCUCUCCAGCAAUGAGCAGCCGAAGAAAGCUGCAAAGAAUAUCAUAACACCUCUCUAGAAAUUUGUUAUUCUGCUUACCAAGGAGGAUUAAGUUUGUAUUAAAAAAAUAAAGGCGAGCAUACAAAGUAUUGAAAACAAAAAUAUUUAAAACUUAAUGACUGUUUUUUUCUUUUUGCACUGAGUCACUACUUUUUAAUAAGGUAAAUCUGAACUGUUAGAUGUAAGAUUUUUCAUCUUAUAAAUAAUGAAAUUAUUGAGGUGAUACAAUUUUCAAUCAUUUAACAUUUUAAUGCUGUUGCACAGGUGUGCACUAUCACUCACUUGUGUUGUAUGCUGU